CUGACCGGAGAUGUUGUAUGAAGUUAUUAAUUUUUAAUGUAAUUGUUAUCUCUCAACCUUAUAGUUUUAUUGUUCCAACAAUUUUUAUUUUCAGAAUAAGAUAUGGAAGCAAGCGAUGCUCAUUCAACAUCAUCUGAAAGCCUUCAGAAAACUGAUUCCACAAUUUCAAAUGAUCAAAUUUAUAUGCUAAUCGAUCAGAAUAAAAAGAAGUAUGAGAAGCUGAAAAUCAAAUACUCUGAAUCAUUAAACCAAAUUACUGAUAAAAAUCAACUAAUUCGAGAUUGGACUCGAAAAUAUGAUGAAAUGGAACUUCGAAACAUGGAAAAUGAGAAAAAAGUGCAGCAACUGGAGCAAUGCCUGAGCACUCAUGAUUAUUGUCAAAUGUUAGAGAAAAAUAUGGAAAGUCUCAUGGAAGUUGUCAGAACACUUCGGAAAGAUUUGGAUCUAUCAAAGCUUCAGAAUGCCAAAGAUAAACUUGAAAUUUAUGAAACACAAGAAGAAAAUCAGAAACUUGAAGCCGAAGUAAAUGCACUCAGAAAAGAGGUUUUGGAGUCAAAAUUAUCUGAGCAAUCGGAGUUAAGUAAAGUAAAUGAAACCCUAAAUAUGAAGGUCGAAAGUCUGAAAAUUGAAGAAGGCGUUUCAGUGGGAAACUCAGAUAUUGUAAAACCCAUAGAAGAUUCAAUAGAAGCAAAAAAUAAGCAGAUAGAAAGACUCACAAAUCAAUUGGAAACUAUUCAAAAAAUUAUUCAAAUGGGAAGUUUAGAGAAGUCGAAAAAUGAUAUUGAUGGAGAAUCGACGAGUUCAGCAAAAAGUGGAGUAUCUGCACAAUGGGAUCGAAUUAGUGAUAAUGAUGCUUCAUAGAAUAUUUUCAUAUUUUAAAAUUUGAAUUAUCAAUUUAUUGCCAAAUAUGUCACGAUCUUUCAAUAUUUUUGCAGUUCCUUGCCAAAUAGUGUUCCAAUUUUCUAUAGUAUUCUACUUAUAUUUUGCAUGAUCCUUAUUGGUUAAUUUUACGGAAGACAUGUUAAAUUUGUUUUAAUUGUCACCAUUCACUGGUUAUAUUUGAAGAAAUAAAUUCUUUGCGUGUGCUUUAUAAAAUAAAUAUCCUUUGAAUAAAUGUAUAUUUAUUGUA